CAAAGAGAGCGGUUAGGAGAGGCUCUCACCUCUGCAACAUUAACAAAUGAAACUCGUGAUGAAGAGCUCUUACACCUCACGAGCUUCAUCAUCUUCUUCUUCCCUUGAAUCCGUAUCUGAGCUUUUGAAUCCUCUUACACUCUCCUUUAAAUAUCCAACUCUUCUUCUCCAAAACCAUGCAUUUCAAAAACCACAACACUAAAACAAAAGCUCUUCUCUUGCAAUAAUGGAACCUAAAACUCUCUUUGUCAUCAUUAUCUUUCUUCUCUUUGUUUCUUCUUCUUCUUCCUUAGUAACCAUGAAGAAAAAUACUUACAUCAUUCAGCUCCACCCUAAUAGCCAAACCGCUAAAGCCUUUCCCUCAAAGUUUGAUUGGCAUCUUUCUUUUCUCCAAGAAGCUGUUCUAGGUCUUCAAGAAGAAGACGAAGACAGAGAAGAUCCUUCUUCACGGAUUCUCUACUCUUACGACUCUGCCAUUGAAGGAUUCUCUGCUCAGUUAACCGAAUCAGAAGCUGAAACCCUAAAGAACUUACCCGAAGUUGUUGCAGUAAGACCUGACCAUGUUCUCCAAGUUCAAACCACUUACUCUUACAAGUUCUUGGGACUCGACGGUCCUGGAAGCUCCAAUGUCUGGUCUAAAUCAAGAUCCGGUCAAGGCACGAUCAUCGGCGUUCUCGAUACAGGAGUCUGGCCUGAGAGUCCAAGCUUCGACGACACAGGGAUGCCUUCUAUCCCAAGCAAAUGGAGAGGAGUUUGCCAAGAAGGAGAGAGCUUCACUUCCUCCAGCUGCAACAAGAAACUAAUCGGCGCUAGGUUCUUCAUCAGAGGCCACCGCGUGGCCAACUCUCCCUUGGACUCACCGAACAUGCCUCGCGAGUACAUAUCCGCGAGAGACUCGACGGGACACGGCACCCACACCGCUUCAACAGCCGCCGGGUCCCCUGUUUCCACGGCGAGCGUUCUCGGAAACGGAGCCGGCGUGGCUCGCGGGAUGGCCCCCGGAGCCCACGUGGCGGUUUACAAAGUCUGCUGGUUCAACGGCUGUUACAGCUCAGACAUCCUCGCGGCUAUAGACGUGGCGAUUCAAGACAGAGUCGACGUUCUCUCCCUCUCCCUAGGCGGUUUCCCUAUACCUCUGUAUGAUGACACUAUCGCCAUAGGUACCUUCCGAGCCACGGAACACGGGAUCGCUGUCGUCUGCGCGGGUGGCAACAACGGUCCGCUCGCUAGCUCGGUCGCAAACACAGCUCCUUGGGUCUCCACGGUGGGAGCGGGGACGCUGGACAGAAAGUUUCCAGGCGUGGUUAGGUUAGCCAACGGGAAGCUACUCUACGGAGAGUCUUUAUAUCCAGGGAAAGGUUUAAAGAGAGCCGAGAGAGAGCUCGAGGUCGUUUACGUCACGGGAGGAGACAAAGGAAGCGAGUUUUGCCUGAGAGGUUCGCUUCCGAGAGAGAGUAUCCAAGGCAAAAUGGUGAUAUGCGACCGUGGAGUCAACGGGAGAUCGGAGAAAGGACAAGCCGUUAAAGAAGCUGGCGGCGUCGCGAUGAUCUUGGCUAAUACAGAGAUAAACCAAGAGGAAGAUUCUGUAGACGUUCAUCUGAUACCAGCGACGUUGAUUGGUUAUGAAGAGUCUGUUGUUUUGAAAGGUUACGUGAGGGACACGGUGAGACCGAAAGCUAGGUUAAUUUUCGGCGGGACGGUGAUUGGGAGGUCUAGAGCGCCUGAGGUGGCGCAGUUCUCGGCUCGUGGACCGAGUUUGGCUAACCCUUCGAUUCUUAAACCGGAUUUGAUCGCUCCUGGGGUCAACAUCAUCGCGGCUUGGCCUCAGAAUCUUGGACCGACGGGUCUUCCUUAUGACUCGAGGAGAGUUAACUUCACUGUCAUGUCGGGGACUUCGAUGUCUUGUCCGCACGUUAGCGGGAUAACCGCUCUUAUCCGGUCUAGUUACCCGAACUGGUCUCCCGCUGCUAUCAAAUCCGCGAUGAUGACGACGGCUGAUUUGUACGAUCGGAGAGGGAAAGAGAUUAGGGAUGGGGAAAAACCGGCGGGGGUGUUUGCUAUUGGAGCAGGGCAUGUGAAUCCGGUUAAGGCGAUUAACCCGGGAUUGGUUUACAACAUCCAACCGGUGGAUUACAUAGCUUAUUUAUGCACUCUCGGGUUCACGAGAUCGGAUAUUUUAGCGAUCACUCACAAGAACGUUAGCUGCGGUGUGAUACUGAGGAACAGCCCUGGUUUUAGCCUUAACUAUCCGUCUAUUUCGGUUAUUUUUAAAGGUGGGAAGACUAAGGAGAUGGUCACAAGGCGUGUGACUAACGUUGGGAGCCCUAAGUCAAUAUAUACUGUGAAUGUUAAGGCUCCUAUGGGGAUUAAUGUGAUUGUAAAGCCUAAGAGGCUUGUGUUUAGUCACGCGGAUCAAACGUUGAGCUAUAGAGUUUGGUUUGUGUUGAAGAAGGGAAACAGAGGAGAGAAAGUGGGUGCUAGCUUUGCAGAUGGACAGUUGACUUGGGUCAACUCUAGAGAUUCGAUGCAGCGAGUUCGGAGUCCAAUCUCUGUAACUUUGAAGAAUCAUUGAGAGCCAAGGAAGGAAACGUUUUCAUUCUAUUUCAAAAUUUGGUUUUAGGGGUUUUUAUGCUAUAAAAAACCUUUUAAGACGAGUGGUAAACAAUAAGAAAGCUACAUUUGAGCUGUGAGUGAAGCUGAUUUAUUGAUGUUGUUGUUGUUGUUAUUCUCGGAGUCAGCACUAGCUGUAUUUCAUUUGUUAGAUUCUUAUAAAUGAAACUAUUGG